AUGGAGCAAUACGACGUAGCAGUUGUCGGACUUGGUGUCCUAGGAAGUGCAGCGGCCUACCAAGCCGCGCAGAGGGGAAAGAAAGUCAUCGCAUUUGAGCAAUUCGAAUUUGGUCACGUACACGGGGCCUCCCACGAUACAUCACGCAUUAUUAGGACCUCGAACCCCCUACCCGAAUACGUGAAGCUCGCUCGGUCUGCCUAUAAAGAUUGGGCUGAGUUGGAAGAAGCGACCGGCCAAAAGCUGCUUACUAUCACUGGAGGCCUGGUUUUCGUCCCGCGGGAGAAGGCCUCACCAUUCGAAAGUUUAAUCAACACCCUAAAAGUCACAAACUUACCCCAUGAAAUUCUGAAUGCCACGGAGGUGAAAAAGCGCUGGCCCCAGUUCGACAUCCCCGACACGGUAGAUGCAGUGUACACGGCCGACACGGGUAUAGCCCAUGCGUCCAAAACAGUUGCCGCCAUGCAGUAUUUGGCACGUUCCAAGGGCGCGAUCCUGAAGGAGAAUACACCUGUCGACCGUGUGGUCCCCAAGAAGGAGGGAGGGGUUACUAUUCAGACACCGAAAGGAGAAUUCCACGCAGCCAAGGUGAUUCUCACAACCGAUGCGUGGACGAAUAAGCUACUCGCACCUUUGGGAGUCCAUAUUCCCCUGUCUGUCAUGCAGGAACAAGUCACCUACUUCAAGCCGACAGAUACAGCUGCUUUCCAGCCCGAUCGAUUUCCCGUGUGGAUUUGGGGCGGGGAUCCGGCCUUCUAUGGGUUCCCAUGUUACGGCGAGCCGACUAUCAAAGCCGGUCGUGACUGGUCGAACAACUUGAUGACACCUGAGCAACGUACCUAUGUACAGUCGCCCCAGUUGUUUGAGCAGCUCUCCUCAUUUAUGAAGAGCUUUAUACCCGACAAGGAACGUCAGCCGCUUCGCACUGUCACUUGUCAGUAUACGAUCACACCAGACCGGCAGUUCAUUAUCAGCCCACUGGACAACAACAAAGACAUCAUUGUGGGCUUGGGUGCUGCGCAUGCCUUCAAGUUUGCCCCCGCCUUUGGUCGCGCUCUGGCUGAGCUAGCAAUCGAUGGAAGGACUAAGGAGGAUGUCUCAAAGUUUGGGAUUCCAAAGAGUGCUUGUUGUAGAAGCAAGCUAUAA